AUGAUUGUGAAUUCUGAAAUUCCAAAAAUUAUAAUCACCUCGGAAAAUUCAUCUCAAGAUAAUUUAUAUAAAGAAUUCAAUAUGAACAUCUUGACUAUGGUGCGCAUUGAUGAGGAUAAUCAGAAUGCAACCUUAUCACUAAUGGAUCAGUUAUUGUGGAGACGACAUUACACCAGCAUUAUUGUGUUCUAUGAGGAAAAUAAAGAGGAUAAUGAUGAGGAGGAGCAGUUGAUAAAUUUUUUUCAUGACUGCUGGCAGAAUGGAUAUUUAUCGGUAUUGCUGGUGUUGCAUAACAUCACCUAUACCUACACACCCUAUCCCAAGAUAACUGUUAUACGCCUGGAAAAUUAUAUGGCAUUUGAAAAAAUUCAAAAUCUAAGACCCCUAAAUUUCAACGGAUUUGAAAUUUCUACUGCUUUCAUCGAAUAUCCACCCCGUUGCUUUAGUUUUCACAGUCGCCAUGGUCAACUCAUCAGAUCGGGAUAUUAUUACAAGAUUGUGGAGAAUUUUGUGCGACAAUACAAUGGCUCUCUUAGACCGGAAUUCGUGGAUGCCUGGGGUAUCAAAUUUGAUGAUGAUAGCAUACGAGAUCUGGUGAAUAAUCGUGGCUUUAGCUUCAUACCAACCCACUUGACAGCCAGUGAGAACUACGAGAGCAGUUAUUUUAUACAUUUUGGCAAAUGUUAUUUAAUCGUGCCGGCGGCUAAAGAGAUCAAUCAGAAUCUAUAUCUUCUGGUGUCCUUCGACAUGGGUAUGUGGCUGAUGAUGGCCCUAAUAUUAAUCAUAUUAGCUGCAAUAAUCACGGUCAUCAAUGUCCUGCAUUAUCAUAGACGACUUAUUGUCGAGUCCAUAUUCAAGGCUCUGCAGAUUGUGAUUUUCAUAUCGGGCCAGGUUUUUCAAGAUAAAACCCUCUUCACCUACAUGCUGCAGCUGUUGUUUCUCUGCAUUGGCUUAUUUCUCACCAACUGUUAUACCGGUAAUCUUUCCAGUAUGUAUACCUCGAGGAUAUAUGAAGCCGAUUUGAACACGCUCGAAGAUGUUGGCCGCACCAACCUGGGUAUACACAUCUAUUCAUUGGAUUAUAAAAUGUACACGGCAUUGGAGAAUCUGCCCGCCAUUAUUUACAAGCGUUUCUUCUUGGGUAAUAAUACCGUAUUUAAUGUUAAUCGCAAAAAUUUAAAAAUGGUAAGCAUUUACAAUGGCCUCGAUGAUACUGUCGAUUUACUGCUGUACCAGCAGCUGUAUUUGAAAAGACCUUUGGCCAGAUAUAUUCCAGAGCCAUUGUAUACCUUGCCCAUGUUUGUGACAAUGCCUCAUCGUUUGGCCUUUGUCAAGCAUUUCGACCAUUAUAUAUGUUAUCUCGCCGACAGUGGAAUUUUGAAGAAAUUCAAGGCGGACAGUAAAUGGGAUGGUAUAAUGGGUCAAACGAUUCGAUUCCUCCAGGAUGCUCCACCAAAUCGGGCCAUGUCAUUAUUAUAUCUGCAGUAUGCUUUUGUAAUGUUAUUUUUCGGAUUACUGUUGGGCUUCGUGACAUUUGUUUGCGAAAUACGAAAAGCAAGGAGAGAACGGUCUCAAAUAAGUAACGAAAAUGGGAAAAAUAAUUAA